AUGCGGAACGUUGAAAUUCAAAGCAAAACGAAAAUGCAUAAUGGUCAAGAGUUCAACGAUGCUAAAGAAAUUGAGAGGUUAUACUAUAAAUUAAGUGUGCCGGGAAGCCGAUCGAAGUUAUGCUUCUUAUUAUAUUUAUUCAUCAUUCCACUUUUUAUUGUUAUCGGUGGUGUUACAUUCUCUCUCCUGGAAUUAGUGGCAUCAGAAGAAGCUGAAAUAGGAAAUGCUCAAAUUUGCGUAGCUGAACGAAAAAUAUUAAUGAAAAAUCUGAAAGCAUCAUUCGAUGAUAAUUUUUCAGCAAUUCUCAAUUCUAAUACGCUGAAAAAUAUUACAAAUAUGUGGCAAUCAAUUGAAAAUACUGUUAUUGAAGUUGAAAGUUGCCAUCGAAAACGGUUAUUCGAAUUGUUGCCAAUAGAAACAUUUGUUUUUAGGAAUGCUUUGUUGUAUUCAUUUGGUGUUUAUACAACAAUUGGUUAUGGAAAUUUGUUCCCACGUACUGUACAAGGUCGUUUAUUAACGGUUGUAUAUGCUGUGAUCGGUAUUCCAUUGAAUGUAGCAUUUAUCUCAGAUCUUGGUGAAUUGAUUGCUCGGAUAGUACAACGUGCUUUAUAUUGUUUUCAACGAUAUAUCCUAAAUAAGUAA